GGGGCUGCGUGCGCACGCGGCGGACCGUUGGUAGUGCGCGGGUCACGGCGGGCGCCCGCGGGCCGCGGAACGCCGAGGCUCGGCCUGGCCCUGCCGGGAGGAGAAGCGUGGCGAGGGGACGAGAGGGCUCCGGCGGGAGGAGAGGAGGAUGUGAGGCCGCGGGAAGAUGAAACCCAGCGCCGCAGAGGUCGCCAACAAAGGAGCGCGUCCCCCAGAUGAAAUGCAAGCAAAAACAGAAAAGAUAAAAUCUUCCCUGAAGAAUGUGAAAAAAGAAGUAGGAAAAGCAGAGAAACUGAAAUAUAAACCACUCACUGGGAAAGUGUUUUACCUCGAUAUUCCAUCAAAUGUGAUCUCUGAAAAAAUAGGGAAGGAUCUUAAAGAACUAGGAGGGAGAGUGGAGAGUUUUCUUAGCAAAGAUAUCAGCUAUCUCGUGUCCAGUAAAAAGGAGGCAAAAUUUGCACCAACUCUUGGUCAGAUUUCUCCAGCUCCUAGCCCAGAAGCUGUAUGUAAUGGAGGAAAUAGUACACCUCAUCCCAGCAACCGAAAAGAUCGACAGGAUGGAAGUUCAUUUAAGGCCGCAGAUGCAGUACGUUUGAGCAGGGGAAAAUCCUUAGCUGAAAAAGCAAUCAGAGAGCAGGAAUUAAUCCCCUCUGGUAGCAUACUGUCCAAUGCUUUGAGUUGGGGAGUGAAAGUACUUCAUAUUGACGAUGUUAAGCAUUACAUUGAACAAAAGAAGAAAGAGCUCUACCUAAUCAAAAGCACAGGCAGUUCUUUUAAAGAUGUGGGAAAACAAGUUACUACUCAAAAGUCAAAAACAGGUAGACUGAAAAAUCCAUUUGUGAAGGUGGAAGAUAGAAGUCGCUCCUACCGACCAUUUUAUCUACAGUUACCGAGUUUUCCAUCUCUGAACUACUGUGUUCCAAAACCUUGUAGUCCAUUUGAGGUGGAUAAGAAGCAUCCUUCUGGUCAAAAACAAACUCAGUAUAAGCAAAGCAGAAACAAAAUAAACAGUGACAAGGACUAUAGAACUCCUGUUCAGCUUCAUCAGAAGGACAAAAAAAGGAGAGGAUAUUGUGAAUGCUGUGGGAAGAAAUAUGAAGAUCUACAAACUCACCUUGAAAGUGAACAGCACAAGAACUUUGCACAAAGCGCACAGUAUCAAGUUGUUGAUGAUAUAAUCUCCAAGUUUGUUUAUGAGUUUGUUGAAUACAAGGAUGAUGAAAAAAGUAUGAAAAGGAUAAAAUGUAGUACAGGAUAUUUUUCUCCUAUUAUUGGAAAGAUAACAAGACCAGAUGAGCUGAAAGAACGACUGAAAAAGCAACGCAUUUCAUUGAAAACUUACUCGUGGAAAGAUACUACAAUGCAGGCACUCAAACUGGAUCGUCAGCCUGCAGAAGUACAACCAAAUUCCUUGCUGGUGCCUACCCCUAUUUCUGCAUCUCUGUGUUCAAUUCUUUACUGUCAUCUGUCUCAGCCUCCAGAAGUAAGAAGUAAAUUCAGAAAUGAUGGCGAAAAUACAAGAACUGUUUGCUUCUGUGCCACAAACCUAGGACAGUCUGUAAUGUCACCAAAUUUCAUACACCCAUUUCCUCAGAAAGAUGGUAAAUCAUAUAUGGAGAACUUGUGUCAAGAUGGUGAGCCAUUCAGUAAAGAAACACUUCAACCAGAAGUAAAUAAAAAGAAUUUACAGAGUGGUCAGGAAGGUGUGUGUACUUUGUGUUCUUGUACUCAAGUGGCAGAUUUUAGUGAGAAGGACAAAAACUUAGCACAGCCUAAACGGAAAUUAAACCAUGCAGUAGUUCUACCAGCAAAAUGUUUGAAAAAAACAGAUGCCAAUCCUACGUUUGUCGAGAAACAUCGUGAUUUAUGUGAUAAUCAUCAACAGAUGCAGCACAAUGUAGUUCUGGAGGCUGAGGUAUCUGAGUCUGCUAUAAACAAAGAACUUAAUGAAUUGGCUGCCAACACUGCACACUGUUCACCAUCUGGAAAGCUGCACAGGAAAGUAAAGCUUUGCUUGGGAAGAAAUAGGAGAGAAAACCGGAAACAGAAUAUAGAGUUGUGUGUGAAGUACGCAGAUGGACUGUCUGUCCCCAAGGAGAAAAGGGCUUGCAGCUCACCAGUGCAGACUCUGCUGGAAUUGUUUCAGACAAGUGAAAUAAAAUCUGAAUUCAGAGGCUUUUCGGUUUACACUGAUCAUGAAGAUUCAACAGGCACGGAAGAUGUAUGGGAAGGGCAGAACAUAAACGUUGUUAGUUCGUUAUUUUCCUCUUCAUCCUCAUCCCCGUUUGUUGGAUUUUAAGGCUGCUUUAUUUAAUACAAUGUUUUUCAAAUAAACUUGCAGAUUUAACAUUUUA